AUGGACAUUCCGAUUGAGGAACAAAUGCCCGACGAUCUUCUGGACUAUGCAUGCGGACAAAUUGCAGCCCUGAAAACCGACUCUGGCCGUGAGAUGGACAUCCAAGAAGCAAUGACCCAGGUCGGCCUCGCCCCGCAGAUCCAAUCGGCUAUCGCCGACCCAGCGUUCUCCGACAUACUGUGGACCCGGUAUCUGCAUUUCUGGGUCAAAGAUACGAUUUAG